CCAUGUCGAGGGAGAACCACGCAGCAGUCCUCGAGCGCCUAAAAACCGCCCAGCGCCGCAUGCCCGAGCGUCUCGCCGCCCUCAUCCUCUCCAUGCUAGCAUGGGACCCGGCGGCCCGCCCGACAGCCCAGGAAGCCCUGGCCGACGAGGUAUGGGAGCAGGCUGACGAGGUCAAGGAGCAGGCCGACGAGGCCCCCAGCGGGCUGACAAGGACGAGCAGCGACGGCGGCGGCGGUGGUGCUGGUGGUGAUCAGAGUCCUGGUGCUACCAGGCUGCGGCGGUCGGACGGCCCACCUCCUUCUUCCUCAGGCUCGGGCAGUAGGUUGACCAAGAGGACGCGGAGGUCGGACGCGCCAUCUCCGUCUGGGAGCAGCGAGGUGGCCGUGGUAGGUUCUGGCAGCGCUCGGCCGGGCGGGAGGGUGAAGAGGAUGAAGAGGUCUAGCAGUCAAUCUCUACCCUCACCGCCGCCCGAAUAAGUUGCCAGCUCGCGGGAAACCUGGAUAGCAGUCUCCAGAUUGUACAUAUUGUUGAAGUUGAUGAUAGUAUAUCCGUUGAAUUGAAAGAUGAAGAGAGGAGAAACUAAAAGACUGGUAGGUGUGUACUAAUGAAAAUGCAUCUUCUUCACAC